AUGUCUCUCAAAAGUCAGAUGAGUAAAUGCAGCACCUGCUAUAUCAGCGCUACGGAAAAGCCACUUCAGAAAUGUGCAAGAUGCAAGGCGGCCAAGUAUUGUUCGAAAGAAUGUCAGAAAGCUGACUGGAAAAACCACAAAGUCAACUGCAUGAACAACGCCACACUGGCUGAAGCCCUGAAAGAGCACGAUAGCACGCCACUUGGCCAACUGGCGCGGUUGAGCAUCCCGGACAAUAUCUCCAUGUACGAACUGGACCAGCGCCUCGAGGGGUGGGUCAAGUUCCACAACCCUACGCUCAUGGGCUCCGCGCUACACGCACUGGAACUCUCCCGCGACAUCAUGCGCACUCGCUCACACGUCAUGUAUGUCAAGCUCGCCGCGCGCCCGCGCUCGGAGCAUGGGAACGCGGUCGGCAAGUUCUUCCGCGUCAUCGACGCAUACCCCGUAGCGGUGGCCGAAGCGCGUCAGUGGCCGGAGCCGUGGCCCGCGUCGCUGAACGCCCUCAAAGAAAUGCAGGAGCUGCAUGCUAGCAACGGGAGACCAGGAAAUACAGCUGCAGCUAUGGUGGAAUGCUAUCCUCUCGCGGUGCAGACCGUCCCUUUUGGUUCCAUCCCGAACAUGGACGACUUGCCCCCAUUGCCCAACUGGAAAGAUGUACUGAUUGAAGAAGUAGAUGCGGGAAGACGGUUUAGAUGGCGGUGA